UUGGCGCAGCUGUAAGCUCCGGAGCUGCCGCUCUUAGCUGAGCAUCCUCCAACAUGGCGUCCAAGACAUCGGGUUUUUCCUGCCACCUCCCACCUGCCUGCUUCUUGCUGGUGCUGUUGCUGCUGCUGUGCGUGCAGCCAGGGGGGAGUCAAAAGAAAAAAGAGAACAUGCUGUCGGAGAAGGUGGAACAGAUGAUGGAGUGGAGUUCCCGUCGUUCCGUCAUCCGCAUGAACGGCGACAAGUUCCGGCGAUUCGUCAAGGCGCCGCCCCGCAACUACUCUGUGGUGGUGAUGUUCACCGCACUGCAGCCGCAGAGGCAGUGCUCCGUGUGCAGGCAGGCCAAUGAGGAGUACCAGGUGCUGGCCAACUCUUGGCGUUACUCCACCGCCUUCUCCAAUAAGCUCUUCUUCACCGUGGUGGACUAUGACGAGGGCGCCGACGUCUUUCAGCAGCUGAACAUGAACUCCGCUCCCACAUUCAUGCACUUCCCCCCAAAGGGGAAGCCCAGGAGGGCGGACACCUUCGACCUGCAGCGUAUCGGUUUCGCCUCUGAGCAGCUGGCCAAGUGGAUCGCUGACCGCACCGACGUACAGAUCCGGGUCUUCAGGCCCCCCAAUUACUCGGGCACCAUCGCCCUGGCUCUGUUGGUGUCGCUGGUCGGAGGCCUGCUCUACUUGCGGAGGAACAACCUGGAGUUUAUCUACAACAAGACGGGUUGGGCCAUGGCAGCACUGUGCGUGGUGUUUGCCAUGACCUCGGGUCAGAUGUGGAAUCAUAUCCGUGGGCCUCCGUAUGCACACAAGAACCCCCAGAAUGGACAAGUGAGCUACAUCCACGGCAGCAGCCAGGCCCAGUUUGUGGCCGAGUCCCACAUCAUCCUGCUGCUCAAUGCUGCCAUCACCAUGGGGAUGGUUCUUCUGAACGAGGCAGCGACCUCCAAGGGGGACGUGGGAAAGAGGAGGAUUAUCUGUCUGGUCGGUUUGGGCCUGGUGGUCUUCUUCUUCAGCUUCCUGCUCUCCAUCUUCAGGUCCAAGUACCAUGGAUACCCGUACAGCUUCCUCAUUAAGUAAGCGGGAGGCGCUAUCCAGCUACGCGCCAUCCACCUGCUGCCUGCGUCACCUGCUUCCGAAGCAGUUUUUGUUUGUAUUUCAACCGUGUAACGUUAUUCGGCACCUAAUAAACAUCCAGCUAACUUGUGGUCCACCA